AUGGACUUGAUCGAUCAGUUGAGUGUGAAAAAGCCACUCACCACAGGCUUGGCGAAGAGGUUAGAAAGUUUUGAACAAGAGGAUAGCUUCACAGUCGCAGGAAGAGGGUUUCUCUUCGACAACAACUCCGUGUUCAAGCAAGUCAGGGAGAGACUUUACAGAACCGAGGAAAGCGAUGAUGAAGUCAACGGUGAUAUUUCCCACGAUGUUCAAAAAGAUCAUAUCUCACUCACACAAAAAGUUUUGCCUGCUUACGAUGGUGAGGACUUAGAACAAGACUUUUCUCAACAACACAAACCGAGAGGGUCCGUUUUGAACAGCGGCUCUCGAAGUGCUCUAGAUCAUCGAUCUUUUAAACAAAAUGCGGUAGAACUCGAUCACCGCGGGAGCGACUUUACUCAGAUUGUAGAAGAUCAACCAGAUCCUACUACCGCAGAAAGCAGCAAUCAAGAACUUGAAACACAGAUUUUGCCAGCAGACCUGGGAGCAGACUUUGGCAGCAACGAUUUGGAAUCUACAGAACGGGAUUUAGAGCAGAACAUUCCCGGCACAAUUAUCGAUGAAGUUAGUCUUCGAGCCACCGUUAAAGACAUCGACACAUCGUCGACUAAAUGUGACCCAGUAAUGCAGAUCGAGACAGAGCAGCAGGAUCGUACGUUCGAUUAUGUUGACAGGAGCCUUUCUCAUAAAUCUGCGAAUGAAGAACAAAUACCACCUUCCGCCAAGCGCUUUAGCGCUCGAGCAUUUGUGGAUGCCUUCGAUGACGUUUCUGACAGUGACGAGGAAAAUACUAACUUCGAUAGUGAUUCAAAAACAAAGACAUCUCGAAGUGUAGAUGUAUCAAUUGAGAAAGCCAAUACAUCAAAUACGUCAAAAGAAACAACUGAAACUUACUCAAGCAAAGCUCCAGAGCUGAGCUCUUUAAAGCUCUACCAGGGCUCUUUGCGACAUAAGCUUCAGGACGAAAACGUUAUUGCACUGUCUUCAAGCUCUGACGACGAUGAUCAGACCGAGUCCAACUUGAUGAUCUCGAAAGCCGCUAUUCUUGAUUUAAAGGCCCGUCUAUCCAAGAAAAGAGGGAAGUUUAAGACUGCAGGAAACAAAGGCACUUCAGCCUCCACUUCACUAAGAAAUCUGUUCAACACGUUACGGAAGGCAAACAAAGAGCAGAUUAUGGAAUACAAAAAGGGCAAAAUUGGCUUAAACGGCGUUGAUCUUGCCACGGUAGCUAGCGAGAAAGAAUCCGUCGAGGCCCUGCUGGAAAGGGAACUGGCGAGAAAUAAAAGAAUUAAACUGCGCGAAAUGCAGCGGCAGAAAGAGGAUGGUACUGUAAAUGACAGCGACGGCGAUUUUUCUAGCGACCUGAACUUCAGCAAUGAUGAGUUUGAUAGCGACAUAUCUGAUCAGGAUGAAAAUGAUCUUCACUCUCAAGAAAUCAGUGUUGAUAAUGAUGCAACCGGCGCUGAGGAUCUGGCCGCUGAUCAGAGCGCCCUGAGAAGUGAGAUAAACUCUGAUAAUGGAUUCAACUCAAGCCUAAGAGAGCAUUUGCCUGCAUUCAACGGUACAGGGAAGCCAGCGUUCCCAGAGACCAACAACGAAGAGCUUUCUGAGAGAGAAGUUGACACACAAGCUGACGAAGAGGGCAUAGAAGGACAACAGGAUCAAGAAAGAGAAGACGAAGAAGGAGAAGAUUUACAACUAAGAAAAGUUAGGAGGCGUCAAUUAAGACUUGCCGAGUCAGACGAUGAAACUCCCCAAAAUCAGCAGAAAGAGAAAAUCAUUGAUCUAGGCGCUUACGGCAACAACAUUCCGAACACCAUCACAGACAUGAGGUCUGAAGCUAAAGAAAAUCUUACACACGAAAAGCAUACUAUCUUACCAAAUGCUAUAGACACCAGUAACCAUUCGGGCACGGACAUAAGCAGAGCAAAGGAUGUCGAGGACGCUGAAGCUUUGAGAGCAAUGAUUCAAAGAAUAAUGGAAAAGCGCCAGAAAAGAGAAGCGAGGCGUGAGAUGCAUAUACGGGAGCUUAGACGCAGCAAGGCGAAUCAAAUGAUGGAUAUAGAAGCCGAAGAGUCCGAGGAUGAAUGGUUUGGAGUCGGCGGCGCGGACGGGGAAGGGUCAGACGAGGUCGACUCGGAACUCGAAGCCAUGAUUGAUGAUUUUUCCAACUCCAACUCGAACUAUGACGAGAUUCGCAAGAGACUUAUCGAAGACGACAUAAGCAAAGAUAAGGACAUGGUGAACAGAAUUUUACACGAUAUCAAGACAGGUGGACUUCGAAAACGCGGUCGAGGAGCGCUUGACUUGGAGUUGAGUGACGGAGAGGAUGAGGAGCUACUAAAAUAUCACGCUAGAAGGAAAGAAAUCAUGCGGCAAAAGUUGACUUCCGCGACGCCGAACGGAGAAAUCACUAUUACCUCCAAGUCUAAGGCUUUCUUCGAAAGUGCCGCUGAGGAAUUCGGUGGUAAUAUCAAUUUUCUGGAUGAGGAGAUACCAGAAGAAACGAGAGCACCACGAAUGGAAAUACCCUCUUAUCGGAGCGUUUCAAGGGUCUCGACAGAGAAAAAAGUCCUCUCUGAGGAGUUUGUUCAACAGACUCUUUCUUUCUUGACAUCUCGAGACGAGGAAGAUACUUCCUCAGAAAAAGCGGUGGCUUCAAGCUCUCGUUCAAAAAAUGACGACUUUUCUCAAGAGCUGGAAAACUUACACACUUUGAAGCAAAGAAGCAGCAUAAAACUAUUCUCCAAUACUCCUCGGCGUUCGAAUUUUGCGGGCGAUGACGACUUGGAAGAUGCUCUAACCGGAAAUAAGUCCAAUUCAAUAUUUAACAAAUUCAAACAUCACAAAGAAGCGAGUGACAUGUUCAAGGAAGGUCAAAAAACUGUCAAGUCCAAAACGUUGUACAAAGUUGCAGGCUCCUCAAAGGCAUCAAUAACCUACCUUGGAAAAUCCAGAAAGCUCAAGACCAAAAAGAAGACUGCAAAAUUGAAUACUGGGAUGAGCAGGAGAAGAGAUCCAGCAGAUUCAAUGCUUCGCGCUAGCAGUACAAAUAACUUCGAAACCUGA